AGCUAUGGCAACUUCAGACAACGAAAGGUAUUUGAGGUAUAUUCUGUUGUUGGGAAAAGGAGGACCAUUGGUGUUGAAAGGGAUUUUAAAACGUGAAGCCCAAAACGUUGGAAAACCAUUAUCACAAAUUCUGUUGAACAAUAGUGGCAAACUUCGUCAACUAAUACGGAAUGACAGUCAAUACGAUCGCAUAUUUCCAUCAGCAGGACCUGUCAAUGAUGACCUAGAUAACUGGGAUACAUCACUAUUGUGUUUAGUAAUUCUGAAUAUAUUUAGAAGCAGCCUUACUUCUAAAGAACGAGCUGAUAUAAGGAUUCUUCGCGAUUUUAGAAAUGAAAUUCAAGGACACAGUGCAUCACUUGCAUUAUCUGAAGGUGAAUAUAAUGAAUAUAGAAGUGAUCUGAUAAUCGUUCUUCUAAAGUUCUCGUCAAGAAUUGAUCGCCAAUACCAUGACGAAUGUCAAAAGUUAAUUAAAUCAACCAAGUCUGGGCCUAUAGAAAUAUCUUCAACAUUGGAUGACUUCAAAGAAUUUCAAACCGAACUCUUGACAUUAAUUAAAGCUGACUUUGGUGCCAACAGUAUUAAAUUAGAUGACAUAUGCAAAGAAAUCAAGAAGAUACAAGGUACGACUGUGCAACAAAAGGAAUUGGCUGAGGAGAACCAUCAUCGUUUGUGCCAAAUGGAGCAGAGUCAAGACGAAAUAAGACAAAAAGUAGAAGUUACGAAUGUGCAACAAAAGGAAUUGGCUGAAGAGAACCGUAGCUAUUUCUGCAAAAUGGAAAUGAGACAAGAUGAAUUAAGACAAAUGCUAAAGGUGUUGCUGAAAAGAAAAGCUGAAGCAAGUACUAAUGGCAAUACAGAUAUUCAAGAAGAUGUUGAAACAAAAUUACAUGCCCAAAGCAAAAAUGAUGAUACUGCUUCUUCUGCUGAGGAUAUGCUUGUUCAGAAAAUAAACGAACUUCUUCGAGAAGUCAACAGUGCACCUGAACCUAAAACAAUUAAUGAGGAACAUGUUCGGGGACGCGUGCAAAGAUAUCUACAGGCUAAGAAACUUUGUCCAAAUGAUAAAGAAUUGACACUUGCCGUAAUGGAACUGAUGAUUGAUGUAUAUAAGCAAUCGGGCACUACAAUUCUCCCUGCAGACAAAUGCUGUAUUCGAUUCGUGGUAAGGUGUAAAUCAUACACAGGUCUACUUGGACUUCUAGAAUAUCUAGAGAGUAAGGUAUUCGAUCAGCGCAUUCAAGACAUAACAACCGCCUUGAGAAAACAGACAGAAAUAUCAGUAUUUCUUACAGUGGUGGUUUCAGCUCAUAGUUUGCAGCGAAUCAAGAACAAUCUAACGCAAAAUCAGGUAGCGACAGGGUCUUGUAAACCACGAAACAGGACUGUAACUCUGCCCGUCCGUAGUAGAAAUAUAAGAAGUAUUGAACAUGUAUGGAAAUUAUUCCAGGAGGGGGAUAUAAAUUCCCAUCUUCUAAACAUUUCUAGAAUUCUGUCAACAAUAGUUGGUGAUAAUAUAGAAAUAACGUCCUCUAUCAAUUUGAAAAAGUUAAAACAGUCGCUGCAAAACAUUGAAUCGAACACCGCUCAUACAAGUGAUGAUGAAUCUAAAACAGUAACAUCGGAAGAAAAACUAGACAAAGUAUCUACAUGUAGUACCAGUGACCGAGAUGUUGCCAACAAACAAGCCCAUUCUGAUGCUCCGUUUGAUAAACGUAGACAGAGGCAAGGUUCCUCCGAUUCCUCCAGUAGUCACUCUUCCGAGAAAUCCGGGAGUACAGAUGACAGUACCAGUGACCGAGAUGUUGUCAAAAAACAAGCCCAUGCUGAUGCUCAGUUUGAUAGACGUAGACUGAGGCAAGGGUCCUCGGACUUUUCCAGUAGUCACUCAUCCGAAAUAUCCCGGAGUGCAGACGACAGAGAAAGUGAUAAGAGUUUUCCACGUGGAAGUUCUUAUCAUGAGGAAUAUUCAAGGUCAAGUUUCAAGGAAAUUCAUAGAUCAAGGUCAAAUGUUAAAGACUCAUCGGCCUAUAGUGAAAAGCAACGGGAGAUGAGUCCUGGUGAAUGGUUAUUCCAUUUUCGCCAUGCAAAUUCGAAAAAAGGAAAGGCACAGGAUCAAGGCAGAGGUGCCGAUUCGAAUGAUCCAACAUUAGACUAUGAUGAUAUACUGGCUCAGUGUCAGAAACCAGAAAGACUCCGAUUGAAAUAUGCAAAAGCACUAUCUUUAGAACUAUGGACAUUAACAAAGAAAGUCAAAAGUGAUUUUGUGGAACCAGCUGAAACUAAAGAUGAUAGUAAAUUGGAUAGUACAGAAGAUCAAGAGCAAUUAAGAAGAGUUGAAAGAAUAGCUAUAUAUAAAGAAAAAGAGGAAAACACUAUUACAAAUCUCCGAGAAAGGACUGCAAAAGGAGAAAGCUCAGAGUUGCCAUCUUUAUUCCUAUCUAGCAAACCUGAGCAAGAAGAUGCUUCUAUAUUUAUAUCUAAAAGUUUUAAAGUUGAAUCAUCUCAUAAUAAACAAGAAAGCUCAAUAUCUAGGUCUAGAAGUAUGAAACAAGAUGCUAGUUACUCUGAAAGAUCAAGUCCUGCCUUAG